AUGACUGCACUCACGCCUGCUCAGAGACGCGCACUCAUCCCUACAACGUUGAGGAAAAAAUUGUGUGAAAGGACUGGACGAAGAGAUAUCUGCGAUUUUCCAGAGGAAUCUAAUUCUAUACAUGAUGACGAAUACUCGAAAUGGUCUAUCUGCAAGUAUCAUCCUGAAAUGCAGUUCUGUAGAUGGGAUCCUUCAACUAAUCCUGGAAUUCCUCAAGUUAUUGUCGAUCCAGAGACCACAACGAUGCCAUGGAAGUCAGAGAGGACACCAUUCAUGUCAGGAACAGGAAUUGCCAGUAACACAGUUGAUCCAAAUAAAUCCCGAUACGAUGGCAAGCUCAGCAAUGAGCAUGAAGUUGGAACUGCAGCUUCUCAUUCGGAUGACUCACCUGAAGACGAGGAAUUUGGCGAGAAUAUUAUGGAUAUGAAAGGAGAUGUAUUUGGAUAG